AGUAUUAUAUUUCGAGUUCAACGCCAUCCAGAUUAUCCUGAUUUCAAACAGUGUGUGAGUUUUGGCUUUUUCUCCGAGCUUUGGCAAGAUCGAGCCUACAACAUAUUCUGUUUACUGGCCCUUUAUCUAGUACCGUUGGCCAUCAUCAUCUUCUGUUAUUCUCGCAUCUUGUGGGUGAUAUCCAGAAGAUCACAUGAUAAUGAAGAGGACAUGGACAGAGGUCACCAGUACAGAGGUCGACUCCGUCUGCGACGUUCAGACAUGGCACGCAUUGAACGAACUCGAGCUCGGACACUCAGGAUGACGAUUAUCAUCGUUCUGGCCUUCUUCUGGUGCUGGACGCCUUAUGUGGUUAUCGUUUUAUGGUACCAGAUUGACGUAGAAUCAGCCACAAAGCUAGCUACAGAGAUCCAGUCGGCGCUGUUCAUGUUUGCAGUCUCCAACUCCUGUGUUAAUCCCCUUGUGUAUGGGAGCUAUGCUUUCAGCUACAGGAACAUCUGGAAGACUUGUUGUUCUAGUCUGAACUGCCCCGUGUCUCUUUCUCGGUGUGCCGUCACUUCGAACACUACUCGAGCUACUCACCUUCAUGACAGGAACAACGAUAAUUCCCCAAAACAGUUUGAAAUGAACGAAAAUAUACGUCGAACACCCCCUCAAGAGGUGCUUAGCUCCUGUCAUUGUCGUGAAUAUCAGUAUCCACAGCUUGAGGUGAAUGCAGACACAGGUUAUCCGUAUUCUACAAGUGAUAAGAUGUACGAAUAA